ACGAGAGAAUUAGUUGAAAAUAAACGAAAAAUUAAAAAUUUAUAGAGAUAAAAUUUUAAAAACCACUUUAUACGUUAUGGUCAUUUGUAAUUCAAGGCAAUUUUCAGAAAGGCAAUUUUCAAUCCUGGAUAAAGGACUUGCACGAACUGAGGACGACAAUUCACCGGGCUUGUUCCCUACAUACCAAACUUUUUUUUUUUUAAGGGAGAAUAUCGAGACCGCUAUUUAGCCAGGUGCUCUUAGUAUUUCAAUGAAAAGAAAUGUGCUGGGUCAUUUUUGUUGAAUCGCGUGUACAGGCGAUCGCGUGUUAAAACAACGGAGUUAAACAAUUUAACACUCGAAAAACAUUAAGUUCGAUAUAGUUUAUUACUUACUAAGUGCAUGCACGUUAAUAUGAACACCAUUUACUCCGAAAGUAAUUCGAGAAACAGAUAGAUCAGAUGUUGUUUUUUUAAAGUCGCAUUUGGUAUCAAAAUAAUGAAAAGGAUUUAAAUUCGAUUUUCUUUAGUAUUCAACAAUUGUUUUUCUCACAUCUCCCAAUGAAACUUACCCCUCGAUCAGUAUUCCGGACGUUUUCCACCUUCCUCCUGUCCUCCUCCCCUCUGCCUUCCCCACGCAGUCUACCCACGGAUCGUAUCUUCAUUAUCUUUUAUUGCGAUUUCAGGUUUCGUACGUAACUUUUUAGAUUGCCCAUUGGACACUUGUCCUUUUAACCUUUCUCAAUUGACCGCACUGAGGUCACGUUUGACGUCAGCGACUGUACGAUAUACCCCGCACUUUGGGGAGAUCUAUCCGAAAGGAGGACACGACAUAACUCCCCCUGUGCCGUUACUAACCCCUUUCGAGUUCAUUAUUUAUUAACCCCCGGCUUUUGCGUGCAAUUUGCGCGAGAUGCGAAAUUUCGUCCCUCUCUCUCUAUCUCUCUCUCUCUUUUUUCCUCUUUCCUUUUCGGGAGCGGCAGGGUCGCGCGGUUGCUGCAUAUCGCGGGCGUGUGACGUAACGCAACGUUACGGCCGCGCCGCGCGCGCUCGUUCGUAGCUCGGGCGUAGUAGAGAGGAAAGCAGGCAAGCGGGACGCGAGAAUGCACCUGGCCGGCGCGGCGCGGUGGCGUGUCCCGGCCCGGUACACAAGAGAGUGACCUGCCAACCUGCGCGCUCUCUCUCUCUCUCUCUCGGUCUCUCUCUCGCUCUCGCUCUCUCGUCCGACCGCUCUCGGCCGCGACCGACCGACGGAGCGGCGGCUGGCUUGCGUUCACCUGCGCGCAAGGUUGCUACGGGAGAAGCAUCGCGGUGGCGGCGGCGCGCGGUUCUCCGCCGUGAACCGACGACGAGCGAGAACGCGACGACGCACCGGCGUGGACGCGUCGCGAUACUCGCGAUCGGCGCGUCGUUGCCACGAGCGAACGUGCGAGCGAGUGGGUGAGUGAGUGAGUGAGCGAGCGAGUGUCUUGUGCCUCCGUUCGUCCGUUCGGUUACCCAGCUACAUCAAAUUCUCGGCUGCUCGGCGGCGGCUUUCGCCGACACAUACGCGGCGGUUGCGAGCCGAAGGGAUUAACCAACGAGCGAGCGAGCGAGCGACUUGACACACAACAGAGAGAAAUGGACAGGGACCAUAGGGAGCAACGCGAUCACGAUAAUCUGAGCGAGAAGGAGCCGGACUGCAAAGUUGGAAUGGCUUUCCGCAGCCUCUCCCACCAUCGCGAUCGCACGCCGGAUGCCGACGCAGAGAGAGACAUGGAUAUCGAUCCGACUGAUCACGCAGAGAACUUGCACGAUGACAAGCCCGAGAAAUUAGGAAGGAAUUUUCAUAAUAUGGGGCAUCACCCAGCUAUGAGAGAUGUGGAUAGGGAUCAAAAUAAUCACGUUGACAAUAUGCACGAUGAUAAGAUGGAGCACAAGAUAGGGAGAGACUUUCGCAUCGGUCAUCACCCUGGAAUGGUUCACUUACACUCUGGUAUGGACCAUUUGACUAAUGUCGACGUUGAGGUAAAGUUAGCGAGGGAUGUUCGUGGUUCGUUGGGCUUAGGAUUGUCCUUAGAACUUUGUGUCGUCUGUGGUGAUAGAGCUAGUGGCAGACACUACGGGGCAAUCAGCUGCGAGGGUUGCAAGGGUUUUUUUAAGCGCAGCAUCCGCAAGCAGCUGGGCUAUCAAUGUAGAGGAAGCAAAACUUGCGAAGUUACUAAGCAUCACAGAAAUCGUUGUCAGUAUUGUAGACUUCAGAAAUGCUUGGCGAUGGGGAUGAGAAGCGAUUAUUGUGUUAUAGCUGUACAACACGAGAGAAAACCGGUAUUAGGUGAAUCGGGUGCGACAAAAGUUGGCAGUCGUAACCCUAGGGUAAAACCAGAACCGCAGCAACCCGCGCCUGAGGCCCCGCCGACUUGGGAACAGCCCGAAAGCCCCAGCAUGGAAGACCAAAGCAGCGAUAGUGAUGCUCUCAGUGACGCUUGGACCUUAGCACGGGAGCGUUUACUCCUUUCCCAUGCGUUAGCAGAUAACAUGGCUAAAUUCAUUGGUGACAAUGUUAAUGGUUCGAGCGAACCGGAGGAAGAAUGGACCGGUCAAUUAAUCUCCGAGCGAAAUACGUUGUUCGAAUUGAGGGCACCUAGCCCAGCACCCGUGUAUUUAUCUAUUCAUUACAUAUGUGAAAGUGCAGCUAGGUUACUAUUUUUGUCUGUGCAUUGGGCGCGAGGUAUUCCGGCAUUUCAAGCUUUGCCAUCCGAAGUUCAAACCACUUUAGUUCGAAGUUCCUGGGGGCAAUUGUUUACAUUAGGUCUGGCACAAUGUGCAUACACCCUGUCGCUUCCUAGUAUUUUGACAUCGAUAAUCAAUCAUUUGCAAGCUAGUAUUGCACAAGAAAAAGUCACCGUUGGUAAAGUAAAAUGCGUCACGGAACAUAUAUGUCGACUGCAGGACUGUGUGAGUUCACUGCACAAGCUGCAAGUGGAUUCUGUCGAGUACGCGUAUCUUAAGGCUUUAACGCUUUUUAGCGCCGAUAAUGUUCUAACAGGUAUUUGGCAUAAGAAGGUUGAGGUCUUGCAGGAAGCAGCAUGGACGGAAUUACAGCAACGCGUGGGCUCCGAUAGAUUACCUCGCCUCCUGCUAAGGCUAGCGCCUCUCCGCUCGAUUAAUCCCAGAGUUCUGGAGGAUCUCUUCUUUUCGGGUCUUAUCGGACGAGUAAGCGUGGCUAGUGUCGUGCCUUAUAUCCUUACCAUGCAAGAUUAUAAAACCGAACCGGAAAGAGAUAUUCGUCACGCGGGGUGACGAAUGUUGUCGUUACAAUGUAAAUCGUGACCUAAAAAAGUGAUAGAUUAAAAAAUGUUGAAUGCCUGAAACGUUUCCGUACAACGAAAGCGCUCAAAUAUGAGCGGUCGAAAUAAUUUUUAUUGUUUUCGCAUUUCCCUUUUUCUUUUCGAAUAUUUGCACAAGAAUAAUGAAUAUAAUGAAUAUAGUUAUGAAAUGCGCAUAAAUUUCAAUUGAUUAUAAAUGUAAGUAUUGCUAUGUAACAAUAACUGUACAUAUAUAUCUAUGUCUAGAUAUAUGUAAAUAUUUUUAUGUUUAGAUCAUAGAUAUGUAUUGUAUAUUACCUACAGCGCAGCAUCUGAUUGUUUAUUAUAUUGAUUUUGUGUCUAAUAUUUUUUUAUUUAUUAUAGUAAAUGGACAUUACAUACAAAACUUUCCCAGAAUAUGGCAACUUGACACUUUGUUGCAUUACAACUUGAGUGAGAGCUUAAAUAAUGUUGUUCGUUGAAAUGAACAACUUGUGAAAUGAUAAUCAGGGAAUAUUGACAUUAUUAAUAUAUAUACGCACGCACGCGCGCGCGCGCGCACACGCACACGCACACACACACACACACACACACACACACACACACACACACACACACACACACCACGCUAACACACACAAUUUGUUGAUGGGUGAAGUAAAUUUUUUUCUGUUUUGCAGUCUAAUGUGUUUGAAAAUUUACACUUUGGUUGCGUUAAGAAAGCAACUUUGCAAUUGUAAGAAUUCUUUAAUAUGAUUGGUUCUUGUUGGACAGUUUCUGUCAGAUGUAAAUGUGUAAAUCAAUUGUAUAAACUGUAGUGAUUGUGGUAUAAGAGUUGCGCGUUUGUUCUCUAUGCCAAAGAUCCCGAUUUAAAUCCUCUAGUAUCAGAUUUUUAAUUGAUCAUCACCUUUUGGAAGGCAAUGGCAAAUUACCGAGAGUUCUUUGCCAAGCAACCACCAUGAGCAUGCAUCAAGUGGAGACUACAACCUUUAGUCAUGAAGGACCAGAGAACAAAUAAUAAUUGCAAAGCUGCUUUUUCUGCAGAAUGCAGUCCAUGAAAUUUCACUGGACUGCCUAUUUUUGAAUAUUUUCAGUCACUCAGAAUUCACUCACCUAUUUUUAUCUCGUUUUAAUGGAUAUUUGAUAUAUACUGAUAGGAAAUUAUAUCCAUUGAAAUAGAACAAACAUCAGCUGUAAUCAUUGACGAUCAUCAUCUACAUAUGUAUCAAAUUACAUUGGACAGUUGUAAUAGUUUUUAUUUGCUCGUUUUGGCUUUUUAAUUAUUAGUUUGAAGAUUAGUUGCUGUCAAUGCUGGCAAAAUAAUGUCAACUCCAAUUACAUAUUUUGCACAAUGGAAAAAUUGUCACUUCUAGCUUAUCUAUUUGUACCAUUUCACUUACAAGAUUAUAUUCACAUUUGGGACAGCAAUAAGUAAAUGAAUCCUGAGUAACUGAGAAAAUUUGAACAAAGGCAUCAUGAUAAAAUUUACAAUUCCCGAUUGAUUGUAAGAUUAUCUUAACCUUCGAGCGAAUCGCAAUCAUCAUUUAUUACGAAAGAUGUGUAUGUAUACAUACGGUUAUAAUUAAAAAUACAACAAUUUCAUAUUGUUGCAUUUUUAAGUAUCCAAAAAAUGCAAUAUCUCGAAAAUGAGUUUUUCCAAUCUGUGAUAUAUAAUUUCACAGGAAAGUUUUGUAUCGGCACAUUACUUACACAAAACGUAGACGGCAAUAUGAUAUAUUUAUAAUGUAUUAUUAUCAACAUUUAUAAAUAAAGAUAUUUAGUUUAUUUUACGUACAUACAAGAAACAAAUUUUAUUUGAAAGCGUUCGUAAAUACGUGAUAUAAAUUUAAAUUAGAAAAUUUUGUUAUUUGUUUACAGAGAAACGUUGAUAUAAGAUAAUGCGUGAUUCAGAUUUCCUAUAACAUGAAAAGAGAAAUUGCAACAUAUUUUUGCUUCUAAUAUACAAAUCAAAGUUUUUGUGCACAAGUUACUAGUUACUUGUUGGCAGCGGACAAUAAAAUCAUAUUUUUUGUAAGCGAAAAGCGUAAAUACUUAACAUUUUAACAAGUUAAGGCUCAUACAACAAUUGUACAUGAGUUACUUAAUUGAAAAUGUAAAUUUCGUAUUGUUAAUAUAUUGUAAUUAUCAUAUUGUAAUUAUAUAUUCGCAAUAGUUAUAAUAACUAUAUAUGCAGUACUUUACAUAAUAUUUUUAAUGGUUCUGGAGACGUAAGAUAACAUUAGUAUUUUAAGUGAUAUUUAAUAUUUUUUUCAAUUAACUAUCAAUUAACAAACCAUUGCAGCCUUAUGUCAUUUCAGAAUUUCUUGAAAAAAACUUUUUAAGAAAUUUUUUAAAUACUCUUAAAUACUUUUUAAGAAACAAAAAAAUAUUCUUAAACUUUAAAAAAAAAAUUUAAAAACAUUUUAUUAAUUUUUUAUAAUUUAUUAAAUUUUUUGCAGAAGCUUAUUGAAUCGUAAUAAUUUUUCAACAGUGCAAUCGAUUUUUCUGUUAUAAACUUUAACAUUACAGGCUGAUAAGAAUUAGAUAAUAUUAACGCACAGAUCUUCAGAGAUUAAAAUUAUCUAAACAAGGUACUAUUUCGUAAUAUCGAUAUGACAUAUUGUGAUUAUUAAAACAAUGUAUAAUAGUCAGAAUUAAAUUUUUGAUAUAUUUGUUGACAUAACGAAUACUUUUUCUGAAUAAUAUAGAGUGGAAUUUAAUUUUAGGAUUAAUUGUCGUAGCUUGAUAGUUGAAACGAAUUCUUGGAUCAUCUUCGAGAUUUAAGUGCUUUCUGCAUUUCAGCUUUACAUUUUGCUGUUAACGCUUGUAUAUUAUUCGAAUAUGAGUUAUGGAAUUGUCGUACAGCAUUUAAAUUUCGGAAUGCAUCCCUAUAAAGAGACAAUACAUUGAAAUAUAAUAUUUCGCGGAUGCAUAUUACAAAAGAUAUGUAUAUACGUGUAAGAAUGUGCCUACAUAAGAAAAAUAUUUAUAUGGACGUUAAGAAUUUUGUAAUUAUUGUUAUAUAAGUGUGACGAAAUGUAGUUAAAAAGAUCAGAGAUACCUGAAAAUUCGUUGCAACGCAAUUUCGCUGUAUGGAGAACGAUAUGUACAUACUUGACAAACAUACAUGUAUUUAAAUGCGUCGCGGAAUAACAUAUAUUUACGAUACGAAAUAAACAUUACUAGAGGACAGAUA